AGGCGCCUCCACAAGAUGGCGGCCGUCUCGGAGUGCAACCGGUGGCCGCCUGAGGAGGUGCCGGGGCAGCGCCGGGGCCAGCCCACGGUGGAGCGGCGGGUGUGCGGCGGGGACACCGACACGGACAGCGACGAGACCGUCGUGGAGGGCUCUGUGACGGAGAGUGAUGUGGAGGAAGAGGAGUUCUGUAGGAGGAGGUUGGCUUUUCUUAAUGUGGACAUAGCUUUAACCACUGAGAUGAGUAUUACUAAAGGAACUCCUUCUCCAGAAAUAUGUUUUAUACAGAAAUUUGGUGGCCAGACAUACUGUCAAAAGGAAGACGAGAUAAAUCCAAUUUCACAAAAAUUAAGUAAUGAAGAUCUCUCUCCAGAAGUAAGCCUCUGUCUAGAUGGCCCUGUGGAAGACGUAACAGUUCUAAAUGAACAGACACCAGAAGAUACAUUUCAGCAUGUUUUAGAUGAUUGCCACAGAACCUGUGUGACCACUAUUGACAUUGAUAACAUAGUAGAGGAGCAUUCCCUUAAUAAUGAUACAAAUCUUUCUCUGACAUCCCCAAGGAAGAUUUUCAUGGAUGUAUUCACUGAACAGAGUAUAGAGACUGGUGGAUUUGACGGCAGCGCUGUGUUAACAUCCCCUGGUGAUUCUGAGAGACUUAAAGUGAUAAACCCAUUGCCUGACAAGUUAGAGUGUCAGGGUCAUGCCUUUUCCACUGAUCCAUCAGCAGCUGAGAGCAGUGAUGCCCUGCCGGUAGAGCUUGUGAGGCCUCUGGAUGCUUUGUCAGGAUCUGUGGUACAACCUAUCACUCCUAUGGUGCCAGUUGAGAGACAGCUUAACACCGAGGGAGAGCAGCUAAAUUCAGAACCCAGCAUUCCCCAAUUAGAUGAUGACUGUACACAAAUAACAAACAUGAUGGACCCUCAACUUGCUACAAGUCAGGUGAAAGAAAUAAAUGCCUUCAGAGGAUCCGACUCUCAGAGGACAACAAAUGAGCAACAGAGAGAGAAAGAAGUAAUUCCUGAUUACUGGGAUGCCACCUCUAGUAAAAAGCAAACUGGUGAGGGACAUUCACACUCAGUGGAGCUUACAGCAUGUGCAGAAACAGCCCAAACAAUAUCAAGUAAAAUUCAGAAAUCUACUUCUAAAGACAAGCAGAAUCUAGAAACCAGAAUAUGGCAAGAAAUAAUUCUGGAUGAGUAUACAGAAGCUAAUCGGAGGAGCAAGAGAAUUGACAACAAACGGAAACGAGAAGCCUUUGGUAAGGGUCUGGCUCGCCCUCUUACACUUUCAGCAAUCCACAGGAGGAACGUGUAUGGUGAGAAUUUACUGCAUAGAGCUGUUACUCAUCAAGAUGUAGACCUUGUACGUAAGAUCAUAAAAGCUGGUGGAAAUGUAAAUGCUCAGGAUUAUUCUGGCUUGACUGCACUGCAUAUAGCAAGUGUGGAAGGCUUUUAUGGGAUAGCAAAUCUGCUUUUGAAAGCAGGUGCUGAUGUUAAUGCUGCAGAAAAGGAACAAAUAACACCGUUGCAAGAUGCAGUUAAAGAAGGCCAUUAUGAGAUGGUGAACUUACUACUUUGGUAUGGAGCUGAUCCCUUAUUAAAAAAUAAAAUGGGAAGGUGUGCAUUAGAAGAAGCUUCUGACCCAUCUAUGAGGAAACUUCUUACCAGUUAUGUGGAAAAAUCCAGGGGAUAUUCAGUAUCAGGUGCAGUCGCAGCAGAGGAGGGGAGAGACAAAGCGGGGGAGCCUUGCCAGCAGUUGCUGCACACCCGUGGAAGAGGAAAGAGCAGCUUCGGAGCACACAGAGGAACACCCAAUACGCUGUUAGAAUCUACCAGAAAAGAACCUGUAAUUGUACACACUACCUGUAAUUCAAGAACUGGACAAAAGAAGAAAAUGAAGAGAAACGGAAAAGGGGAAACUCAGCUGCAUAUUGCUGCUAAGAGAGGAGAUUUGUCCUUGGUGAAGGCGCUGAUAUCAUCUGGAAUUUGUGUCAAUGAACAGGAUUAUGCAGGUUGGACACCAGUUCACGAAGCUUCCAAUGGGGGAUUUACUGAUGUGAUCUUAGAAUUACUGAAAGCAGGUGCUGAUGUCAACAGCAGAAGUCUGGAUGGUGUUUUACCAAUACACGAUGCUGUUUCUGGCAAUUAUUUGGAGGCAGUCAGGAUUCUACUGCAACAUGGAGCGAAUCCCUAUGAGAGGAAUGGAGCAGGGGAAAGUGCUGUGGAUCAAGCUUGUAAUGAAGAAAUGAAAGAACUUCUGAAGUCUUACAGUGCUAUGGACUCUCUACUUCCCGUUCUGACAAUUGAAGGUACUGAGAGGAAAUCAGAACAUUGUUGCUUUGACUACUGUAAAAAUGAUGAUGCAGCUUGGGAGCCACAACAUGAGAAAUACAGUAUGAAGUCUGUUGCUGCCAUACAAGAUACAGAAAAGAAGCAGAAAGAACUGUUGAUAUAUGAACUGACAACUUCCAAAGAUGCAGAUGUGUACAUACAAAGGCUGUCUCAAAUACAAGAUACUUUGAAUGAAUUGCUUGCAAGCCAGAAAACAGAGAGGGAUGCCCUUGCUAAAAAAUACAGGGCUUCAGUGGAAUCUUUCAAAAAAGGAGCACUGAGGAAACAAUUAGUUAACCUUGCUUCUAGGCAAAAGAGUCUGUUGACUCUUGCCCAAAACCAGGAAAAAUUAGUGCAGAAAAUACAAAGUUACAGAAAAACAAAGCAAAUGUUCAGUUCAUCAUCUUCAGAGAAGGAAAGCUCAAACUGUGUUAUUUUCUAUGGAAAUGAUGUAAGACAAAGUUUAACUGCUGAUGAAAUCGUAUGUCCUGAUGUAGUUACGUUUAGUAUGGGGCUUUGUGCCAGCAUGCCUAAUAGAAACAGAGCUGGAGUACAUGUCUCUUUAGAAAAUAGAUUUUCAGCUCAGGACUGCAGCCAGCAUCCACACAUCUGUUUGGAUGAGACAGGAGCAAAUAAAGAAGCAAUUAGAAGCAAAGAGGCUUCUGAUCAUGCUUUGGCAUCUGAAAACAGUGUAAGAGAAUAUCCCUUUGACAACAUGUCGAAGCUGACAAACACUGCGGAAGUGCAGACAUUGCCUUCAGAACCUACUGUUUCCACUGCUAAAACAAGAUACUCACAGCAAAAAGACAUUGAUUGUGUAGCAUUUGCAGAACAAGGAAACAAGUCUUUAAAUCCGACUUCAGUGACCAACACAUUAAAUAUUGUGAAUAAGAAUGUCUGUCAGCCAGCCAGUGACUUCCUGCAGGUUAUUACACAUGGGAAUCUACACAGAUAUGUAAACAAGAAAGAAGCUUUCCAGCAGCAGCAAGUAAAUUUUUUAACACCAAUGAAGAACUUCCCUAAUACUUCGCAGCAAAUGGUCUUUCGGAGUAGUGAGAAUUCAUUUAAUACCAACUUGGUGCUUACAAAUCUUACCUCAAAUAGAGAUUCUCAAGUAAAUGUUAGUGAGAAAUCUUCACAGAGCUAUAGUAACCAGGAAUGGGAACAAAAACAAGUGAGGUAUGAACGGAGAAGUAAGAAAAAGCUUCAAUUGAUAGAUCUGCUUGAAUUGGGAAGGAUUAAGCCAGGAGAAAAUGUUUUAGAAUUCAAACUGCAGGAAUUUAGUCAUAAAGCUACAAUCUUAAAGAAUGGCAAGAUCAGAACCAGUAAAGGACGAAUACUGCAGAAUCCAGUUCAGUGGGUUAAAGACCUACUAGGAAGUGAUAUUUCUGUGACAUGGAAGUAUGUGUGGAAUAAGGUUACAUAUCUUGGGACAGAAUUGUCAAAAUUUAUUGUUGAUGAAGUGUCAGUUUCCAGUGACCUGGAGUUACCAACACAGGAAGGAGAGCCUUUGGGCUCUUCUGUCCAGUUUAACUCAGUGGAAAGUCUGACACAUUUUCUUCAAUUCCGUGAGAGAAUAAUGGUAUGUAAAGAGGAGUUUCUGCCAUGCUCUGUAAUGGAAAAGCACUGGAGUUUCUACAGAGGGUGUGAAGAUUUUGGAUUCUAAAGACUUCUUGAGUGCUAACAUUUUUUUUCUUCUCAUCACUUAGAAGUAAAUACUUGCGCUUUUAGAACUAAGUGCUUUGUUACGGUCAUUUUGAUAAAUCAUUUGCCCAGCACUUGGAAUGAAUGGAAAGAUUAAGUCAGGAACAGGGGAGUACUUAGUAGCAGAUAAGGAUAACUAUCAAUAUUUAAUUUUGUGCUGCAAAAUUAAGAAAUGGGGAAAUAGGUGAGGACUGUUAUACAGUGGUACUUAUGAAUUAUAUUCCAGGUUGAUAACUUAAAGAGAAGUUGGUUUAGGGAAGAGAGAGGGGUCUGACACGCAGACAGCUAAUACUGUGCCAUAGGAUGCAUGAGCAAUCAUAGGUGGGCUGUAAGAAUAAAGAAAUGCAAAGGGCCUGGAAGUCAAAAAAGGUAAAUGCUAUUGAGUAACAGGUAUUUUGUAAAGGUCAAUUUCCACACAGAAGGAAAAUGGAGUGGUCUCACAACUGCAGCAGCAAAACAAACCUGAAGGCAUGUUGUUUUAAAAGGAAGUGUUCAUUCAAAUAUGGCACUUACACUGAAAAGCAGAAAAUAUUUGACUGUUAAAAUGACCUCUGAAUUGCAUGUUUGUUUGACAUUUUUUCUUUGUUGCAAGAUGUCUAAUAAAAUU